CACUGACUAAGUAGCAGAACUGCGGAGAAUAAAGGAAACACAAGAAUCAGCAGCAAGCAAGGUCUGAGGAAAUGACACCAGAUUUCCAGCUGUAGCAGGGUAGAGCGAGUUCAGCUUUGCCUCCAACAAUUACUGCUGUAACCCACUGCUGAACCAACAAAUUGGAAACAAUUCAUAGCAUCAAAGACUUCAGACUGAUGCAGCCUAUCAAGUCUUCAAGCACUGUGAACUGAAACUACAAAUCUUGGAGUUUGUCACCUGGGUCAAAAGGAAUGCUUUUCUGAUAUUAACGAGCACUGUUACUGCCAUUAUGACGAGCCAGGAGAAGUGGCUUAACCUUAGUCCUGGAGAGUUCUCUCAGCUUCAGAAAUACGCAGAAUAUUCCACUAAGAAAAUUAAGGAUGUCUUAGAAGAGUUCCAUGGCAGUGGUGUGUUAGCAAAAUAUAAUCCUGAAGGGACAAUUGAUUUAGAGGGAUUCAAGCUGUUCAUGAAGACUUUUCUGGAGGCAGAGCUACCUGAUGAUUUCAUUGAGCAUCUUUUUACAUCAUUUAGCAACAAAAUCUCUCACUGCAGCCCAUUAAUAAAAAACAAACCCCCGCUCCUUUCUGGAGUUAAAGUGUCUGAAGAAAGAUGGAAACAGAUGCCAGGUCUGAGACUUAACAAAGGUACCUCUACAUCCCGACCUCCUACACCUGCCAACUUGAAUUUACCAGAUGCGAUCCAGCUGAAAGACAUUGUUUGUUAUUUAUCACUGCUAGAAAGAGGAAGACCUGAAGACAAGCUAGAAUUUAUGUUUCGUUUAUAUGAUACAGAUGGAAAUGGAUACUUGGAUAGUUCGGAGCUGGAAAAUAUCAUUGCACAAAUGAUGCAUGUGGCAGAAUACCUUGAAUGGGAUAUUACUGAACUGAGCCCAAUUCUUCAUGAAAUGAUGGAAGAAAUUGACUAUGAUCAUGAUGGCACUGUUUCUCUAGAAGAGUGGAUCCAAGGAGGAAUGACAACAAUCCCACUCUUGGUCCUUCUUGGAUUAGAGAAUAAUGUAAAAGAUGAUGGGCAGCACGUAUGGAGACUGAAGCACUUUAACAAGCCUGCUUACUGUAAUCUUUGUUUGAACAUGCUAAUCGGAGUAGGCAAGCAGGGCCUCUGCUGUUCUUUUUGCAAGUAUACAGUCCAUGAACGCUGUGUCUCAAGAGCUCCUGCGUCUUGCAUCAAAACAUAUGUGAAGUCCAAAAAGAAUACUGAUGUAAUGCACCAUUUCUGGGUGGAAGGAAAUUGUCCAACAAAAUGUGAUAAAUGUCAUAAAACCAUAAAAUGUUACCAAGGUUUGACUGGACUUCACUGUGUUUGGUGUCAGAUCACAUUACAUAAUAAAUGUGCUUCACAUCUAAAGCCUGAAUGUGACUGUGGACUUUUGAAGGACCAUAUUUUACCACCCACAUCAAUCUGCCCAGUAGUAUUGGAAAGGCAGGCAACAGUGAAAAAAGAAAAGGGUUGUCCGCAGCAAAUGAACAAACUGGGAGAACGAAACAAAAUGCAGAGAGCAAAUUCCAUCACCGUAGAUGGACAAGGUCUUCAGAUCACUCCAGUUCCAGGCACUCAUCCACUUUUAGUUUUUGUCAAUCCUAAAAGUGGUGGAAAACAAGGAGAAAGAAUUUAUAGAAAAUUUCAGUACCUUUUAAAUCCUCGUCAAGUUUAUAGUCUUGCUGGAAAUGGACCAAUGCCAGGGUUAAAUUUUUUUCGAGAUGUUCCUGAGUUCAGAGUACUAGCAUGUGGUGGAGAUGGGACGGUAGGCUGGAUUUUGGAUUGCAUAGAGAAGGCAAACUUGCUUAAGCAUCCUCCAGUUGCAAUUCUGCCUCUUGGGACUGGCAAUGAUUUAGCAAGGUGUCUGAGAUGGGGAGGAGGUUAUGAAGGUGAAAAUUUAAUGAAGAUCUUAAAAGACAUUGAGAACAGCUCUGAGAUUUUGCUGGACAGGUGGAAAUUUGAAGUAAUGCCCAAUGAUAAAGACGAGAAAGGAGACCCAGUGCCUUACAACAUCAUCAAUAAUUACUUUUCAAUCGGCGUGGAUGCUUCAAUUGCCCACAGAUUCCACAUCAUGAGAGAAAAACAUCCGGAGAAGUUCAACAGUAGAAUGAAGAACAAAUUUUGGUAUUUUGAAUUUGGCACUUCGGAAACUUUCUCAGCCACCUGUAAGAAGCUGCAUGAAUCUGUAGAAAUAGAAUGUGAUGGGAUUCAGCUAGACUUGAUCAAUAUUUCUCUGGAAGGAAUUGCCAUUCUGAACAUCCCAAGCAUGCAUGGUGGAUCAAAUCUGUGGGGGGAGACAAAGAAAAGACGCAGCCAUCGUCGGACAGAAAAGAAGAGAUCAGAUAAAAGAACCACAGUCACAGACGCGAAGGAACUGAAGUUUGUAUGCCAAGAUCUUAGUGACCAGCUUAUGGAAGUAGUUGGUCUGGAAGGAGCCAUGGAGAUGGGUCAAAUAUAUACAGGUCUGAAAAGUGCUGGAAGAAGGCUUGCCCAGUGCUCAUCCGUUGUCAUCAGGACCAGCAAGUCUCUGCCUAUGCAGAUAGAUGGGGAACCUUGGAUGCAAACCCCCUGCACGAUAAAAAUUACCCACAAGAACCAAGCCCCUAUGUUGAUGGGUCCUCCUCCAAAAACUGGUCUUUUCUCUUCUAUCAUCAAAAGAACAAGGCACCACAGCAAGGAAUAAGUGUGUGUAGUUUAGUUUUUAGAAAAUCAAUUAGCUUUGUUGGGCUUUGGAAUAUUUAUGCUGGAAAUCUUUCAAAAAUUUUAGAAUAUCUUCUACUUGCAAAUUCAUGGAUUUUCAUUUAAUAGUUUCUGUAACUGAGCUGAUGUAAAACUAUGUUAUUAGAAAAAAAGUUAUUGUCACAGGUUUGUAGGCAUUUUGCAUGAAGAAAGCAGAUGUUUACAUAAGAUGAUACAGCAUUUUUUUUGUUGUUGUUGUUGCAUGAAGUGCCAUUUAUUAAUCUAUGGGAUAAUUCUGCCAUGGGAUAUAAGAAGAGAAUGCCAUGGGUAAUUUGAUUUUCUCUCCUUUGCAUUUCUAUUUUUUUGUUUGUGCUUUUUUCUAUUAUAACGAUCAUUUGCAAUAAGUUCAGUAGUGUCUCUUGAAUCAAACAUCUCCACAUCAAUACCAAUGAGACCUGGUUCAGAGUAAAUAUUACCGGUCUCAUUAACUUUUACUUAUAUUUUAUCAUUUGUUUCUACCUUGAGAAUAUUUUUAUUCAGCUAAGUAUUCAAAUCUUAAAUCUUAUUCUGAUAACUCCUAUGUAUGUAACUGUACCUGCUGAAAACUUAAAAUUCAUUGUAUGCAAUAUUCAAAUGAUUAUGAUUAUUCUUGUGUAGGUUUUUGCAAGACUUGAAGUUUGAGUAAAAAUUAUCUGGUUAAAGAGAUCAUUCAAAGAUUGAAGAUAGUAGUGUUUGCAAAAGUAGCUAUCAGUGUCAUUUGUUGAAACACUAGAAUCAUUUUCAUGAGCAAUACAACUCUGGAGCAUAGCAAACUUUAAAUCAUUCUGCAUUAUUGACCAAUAGUAUUGCGUGUAUGCACACAAAUAACCAAAGCUCAUGCUUAAUAAAGUGCAUUUCCCACCAAAGAUUUAGUGAAGGAUACUUCAGAGAAAUAGGUUAAUUCAUAACUAAUCAAGAUCACUGGAGUAGACUCACCUCUGAAAAUUUAGAGU